AUGAACACACCCACUGUCGCCCCCCGCUCCCCCGCCCCCCAUCGCCCUUUAUUUUGCCCACAGCCCAUUUUUCCCAACUUCUGUCGGCUUGACUGUUCUAUCCAAUGCUGUUCAUUAUUGCCCACUCGUUUAGUUUACGUUCGACUGGCUUCUGAAACAUCUACUCGAGGCAAAUUGGACAUUUUCGGACUGAAAAAGUGGCCCGCAGGCACGUUAACUUGCUACACCGCGUCGACACACCUCAUCAGACUUGUCCCUUUUAGAACAGUUGAACACGCUCUCUCUCUCUCUCUCUCUCUCUCUAUCAUUCUAGAAGAGAUUCCAAUCUCAGCUAAAGUGGACUUCAGUUUCCAUCUGGCUUCACUGGCGCAUAGCCGCUCAGAGCAG